UAAAAGAGAGUAAGAUACAGAAUAUUCGCUGCGUCGCAUGCUAUUCCAAUACCCGGUUCACCUCAACCGGAAGUAAGAUCAAGUUAAAUCCUCUGUUAGUUUCACCGAAAAGCCAGUGUUUCCGUUUUCCUUACCUUUCUUUUUCUUUCUCUUUCUCUGAAAAACAAAAUCUAAAGGAAAAACUAAUUAAAAAAAUCUGAUUUUGGUAAAACAUAGAGAAAGAGAGGAUACUGUAACUUUAAAACGACGCCGGAAAAGUGAAGAUUCCAUUUUUUUUUUUUAAUUUGUGGGGUUCUCUUUGAAACUCACCAGAAAAUAACAAAAGAAAACCCGACUCGCCGGAGCUCCAAAAACGUUUGAGAAUCCGAUGGACUCUUGGGGUCCGAAUCGGUUUGAUAUCUUCGAGAUUUACAGCCAAUUCAGUGAACUUAGAACAGGAAAAGCAUAUGGUUGUGGUGAAGAAGGCUACCGACAAGAUGAUGAAUCACAAAGAGCUAAGUUCUCGAGGGACGCAUUGAAUCAGCUCUUAAAGAUAGUGGAAUUAAGGAUGCACACAAGGACUGCAAUCUUUGAUGAACUUCUCAAGCUCAUGUUACAACUAGACUUGAUGGUGGAUUAUUCUGAAUUCUCAUGUUUCUAUGAUUUUGUUUUCUUCAUAUGCCGAGAAAAUGGUCAAAAGAAUAUUACUGUAAGCAGGGCAGGUGCUGCAUGGAGAUUAGUCUUAGCUGGCAGGUUUCGAUUGCUUAACCAAUGGUGCGAAUUUGUUGAGAAAAAUCAACGACACAAUAUUUCCGAGGACACUUGGCAGCAAGUUUUAGCUUUUAGUAGGUGUGUACAUGAAAAUCUGGAAGGAUAUGAUCCUGAAGGUGCUUGGCCUGUUCUGAUUGAUGACUUUGUUGAGCAUAUGUACAGAAUUUCGGGGUCCAAUAACGAUACAAUUGUUUUCUGUAGCUGUGGUGAUCCAGAGUCCCAGUUGUGUGCAUAUGAGGACGCUUUGCCUGGAUUAAGACUAUUUCCCGGAUUGAAGAGGAAGUUGCCUCUAUGUCAUGACGGCAAAAAGCAGCACUCAGAAUCAUUCUUCUCAAACUCUCUAGACCUGGAUUGCACAUUGAAUUCUAAGAGAAGUAGGUUGAUUGGGCACAGAUCAGUUAAUAGGGAAGAUAAUCCUACCCAUAAUUCAUCUGAUGACUGCAUGGAAAUUGUUAGACACAGUAGUCCAAUGGGUUCUUCCAAGUCUCCAUGUGCAGUUGAAGGUUGCCUGUCUAAGGGUUUUGCAGGGCUCUUAUCAAGUUGCUCGUAUUUUGCAGUUUGAUCGGGAAAGAAGAAUUUCCCAUACAUAGAGCUCCCACCGGAGUUACGAUUAUAGAAAAAUAUAUCCUUUGCAAGUCUAUGAUUUAGAUAUAUAUUCAUAUGUUGGCUUGGGGCAUUAUAUAACAGUGUGCCUACAUUUUCUGAUGAUUUUGUGGGUUAAUUUUCUAAUUUUCUCUUUGGACAUAUGUGGAGUGUUGUCAUUGGUUUGUUGAUGCAUGUCAUAUUCCUGUUCUGUUGCAAUCCAGAAAUUAAUAAAAGAAUAUGAGAUUUGCUUUA